AUGGGCCGCCUUCGCCGCUCCCGAACGCACAGAGCACAGCGAGACGUCCAUCGGGCGUCGCGGACGCGGGCCCGCACGAAAGACCUCGACCAGAUCCAGCUGAUAGACCUCGACCCAAAGAACCGCGCAAAGCUUGAGGCUCAGCCCCUGGACUACGAAAAGCCCGGCCUGGCGCAGCACUACUGCGUCGAAUGCGCAAAAUACUUCGAGACCGACGCUGCGCUGCAUACCCACUGGAGGAGCAAGGUCCACAAACGGCGCUGCAAGCAGCUCGAGCAGCCUGCGUACACAAUCGAGGAGUCCGAGCGCGCAGCAGGGCUGGGACGAGAGAAUAAACGGCCGACAGUGACAGCUAUUGCUGCUAUCGAGAUGGACGUCGUCGUGCGAUGA